CCUGGGGAGCUGGUUUAAGAAAUCUCUGAUCGCAGCAUGCGCCCAGCGCAGUUAAAGUGGUGUCAAGUUGCGUUGUUUCUGUUUUGGAAGAGAAGGCUCAAGACCCUGCGAAACUAUAAAUCUCAGGCUCCCAGAGGAUGGAGCCGCAGCAUUUCCAAGUGGCAUCGAGCUGCAUAUACAGAGCAAAUGCAUUCUUUGUGUGCCUGCAAUGUCUCCUCCAGAAGGAAGAGGGAGUGUUGCAAGCUGUCACAUUCCCAAAACCAUGCGCAUGUCUUUCUUUCUUCCGGCAUCAGCUUCUUGUUGCUGGAUGUAUUCCCUGCCUGGAAAAGCCACAAGCCAAAGGGAGAAACUUUACAAUUUUGCAAGGUUGCAUGACCAGUGGUGCAUGGUGGCUUCCACAUCUUGCUCACUGAUCCAUGCUUGUGGGCAAAGGAGGGAUGGAGACCCUCCGGAGGGUAUUGGUGCAUCUCUCCAAAGAGAACAGCUGCCCACAAAGUGCCCGCUUCCAGCAGAGCAUCGUUGGCCAUUUCUCCAGAGCGCAUGAAGAUUCCUCAAUGGUGAACUAUGGCUUGGACCAAAACCGGCUCCUUAUUUCUGAUCAAGAGUUUCUGGGCUCCAGAACAGUCCUCCUCAAGAGGCCCUCCUUCUGCCCCAUCAAGCUCUUGCGCCAGGACCAAGCCGACAGCCUCCCUGCAAAGACCCAAGUUCGAGGCGUGGACGUCGGUGUGGCCGUCCUCCUGCAGUCCUCUGGCCGGAGGAUCCUCCUGACCCGGCGCUCCAAAGCGUUGAGCCUCUUCCCCAACGUCUGGGUCCCUCCAGGUGGGCAUGUCGAACCGAAUGAGCAGUUGCUAGACGCAGGGCUGAGGGAGCUGCAAGAGGAGACAGGGCUGCGGCUGAGCAACGGAGAGAUCGCCUGGCAAACGCUGGGCCUUUGGGAGUCCGUCUACCCCCCUUUGCUGAGCCGUGGGCUGCCAACUCACCACCACGUCGUGGUCUACAUGCUCCUGCGUUCACCCGAGAGCCACCAGCAACUAGAGACAAGAUUUAAUCCCAGUGAGGCUGAAGUGAGCGCUUGCGCAUGGCUAGACCCCAAAGUCCUGGCCGCCAUCGCUGCCACAGAGGAUGGCAUUGGCACCGGGGGGCAGAGGAAGGUGGCAGAAGACAUCCCACCGAUGGUCAGCAUCACUGAAUUCCAGAACGGCUGUGCCAAAACGGUCCCAAUUCCCACCGCGACGUUCCUCAACACUGCGCCAGCCCAAGGGAGAGACGUAGAGCGGGUCAGCACCGGGACCAAGUUUGCCCUCCGGAUGUGGCUGGAGGCUUUGGGAGGCGCAAGCUGAACCGGCCGCGAGGCUGGUCAGCAAACGCUCGGACCGCAGCCUGCGGAAUAUGGGGAAUGUUGGCAACCGGCUCCGACUUUAUUUGGCAGGGAAUUUCGGCCCUUUCCUUGGCUACCCAAGUUUACGCUUCCCUUUUGCGGUGGAUUCAUGGCACUGUUUUUGAAGGAUGAAUUCCAUCUUUCCCAUUCAAGGAUUAACACAACAAGAUUCAUUUUAUUCCCAAUCCUUCCUUGGUUUGUUUUAAAAAAGGACCUGUGCAGUAUUGCUGCAAAAAGAUAUCAAGAGGCCUUGUUAAAAGGACUGUUUUUUGGCUCUAAUACAAGAUGUUAUUUGCAACA